UCCCUUCACAAAUUCUUCUACAUCAUGAGCACAGGCACAGAUAAAGCUGCGGGAGCUGUCGCAUUUCUCAGUGCAGUGGCAAUCUUCAUAUACUAUACGUUAUGGUCCCUUGUCAUGCCAUUUGUUGACGAAGAUCAUCCCCUUCAAAACUACUUCCCACCGUGGGAAUAUGCUAUUCGUAUACCACUUAUCCUUCUUAUCGUUGGUCUCACUGUCAUUUUCACGUUCCUUGGCCUGGCAAUGGCCAAAACGACCUUUUUAGAUUAAUACAGGGCAUAGCUCUCUCUCUUUCUGUCAGUAAUACGGGACUCCAGUAAUUAUACACUGCCAAGAAUAUCAUAUCUAAACGGAUUGAUCUUUUUUAAAUGCGGUAGUCAAGCUACACGUCAACUCCGGUGGCAUUUGAACAUAAGCCUGGAAGGACGACUCACGAAAAUCAGGGAGAGAGUAUACAUGCAAAAAUGCUACGCUCCUCUAUGUUACGAGAAACUAGUACUCAAGACAAAGUUUCUAGUCAAGUGUAAGCCAUGCGCUUGUAAUCAUCGUUGGAGUUAUUGGCCGUAUCCUAAUAGUGAACGCAGCAUAGAAAAUUACAUGUAUUGGCCCUGGUCUAGCGAGUCGUUUGAUGCAUAUAUCUAGAGAACGAAAUACAUUCAUCGGUCGCUAGACAGACCCUGUAAAUCUACACGUCAUAAUAUAGAUCUAGUAAUUAUCAAGUAAACAAAGGAG